CACCUUCUCUUCCAAAAUCUUUACCUUUCUUUGCCAAAUGGAUUCUUCGUUUAGCCCCAAAUGUCAACUCCUCCACUUCCAUCCCCUACCUAUCUCACCAACUUAGGCAUCGGCUAUGCCAUCGUCCUCGCCUUGGGUUUCCUCGUCCUCCUCUCCACUCUCCUCCUCACUUCCUACAUCUGCUGCCGCUUCUCCUUUCCUCCACCACCCGCUUUUUCCCCAAACCCAAUCGCAGCCGCCAACUCCGACGGAAUCAUCCUUCCCAGGAUUGUUUUCGUCGGCGAAGAAGAUCAUGAAGACGACGAAGAAAGCGUUAUCGUCGUGGGGCUCGACCGUGCCGUUAUAAACUCUUACCCCAAGUUCCUGUUCAGCAAGAAGGUGGCUGCUGCGGCGGGUUCUAGUUCUGUCAGCACCAUAUGUUCGAUAUGUUUAUGUGAGUAUAGAGAUUUGGAGAUGUUGAGGAUGAUGCCCGAGUGUAGACACUAUUUUCAUGUUACUUGUAUUGAUGCUUGGCUGAAACUUAAUGGCUCUUGUCCCGUUUGUCGGAACUCGCCGCUCCCGACUCCCAUUUCAACGCCUUUGUCGGAACUCGUACCUUUGUCUCAGUACGAUGGUGAUCGGAGGAGGAGGAGAUGACUCUUGGGAUGCCUUCCUUUUUCUUCACUUUUUUAUUCGGCUAAAUUUGUAUUUUUUUUCUCUGUUAUUUUUGACGAUUGACGUUUCUUGGCUCAGUGAAUUGUGAUUUUGCUCGUUUCAGGCAGAAUUUGGGUUAUAAAAAAUUGUUUUACAUCAAUUGGGAGUUCCUUUUAGUCGUGGAAUUUGUUUAAU